GGUGCAAUUUUUGGAAUGAAGGCUUUACUUGUUUACAGGUAUGGUUGUAAGCGAUACAUCUUGCGGAAUUUGGCUGAACAUGGAUUCAAAGAGCCAACUCCAAUCCAGAGGCAGGCCAUUCCAAUCCUCCUAUCUGAUCGUGAAUGCUUUGCCUGUGCUCCAACUGGGUCAGGGAAAACCUUUGCUUUCAUAUGUCCAAUGCUUAUAAAUCUUAAGCGCCCUUCAACCGAUGGUAUAAGAGCCGUUAUUCUCUCUCCUACUCGGGAGCUGGCUGCUCAAACUGCUAGAGAAGGAAAGAAACUUACAAAAGGGAGCAAGUUUAGAAUCAAAAUAAUGACCAAAGUCCUUGUCAAAACUGCUGAUUUCUCAAAGCUUCACUGUGAUAUUCUAGUGUCGACGCCAUUGCGGUUACAAAGGGCUAUCAAGACCAAAAAGAUUGACUUAAGCAAGGUUGAAUAUCUUGUCCUCGAUGAAUCUGACAAGCUGUUUGAGCUGGACUUGGUAAAGCAGAUUGAUUUUGUGGUUAAGGCCUGUUCCAACCCUUCGAUUGUACGUUCAAUGUUCAGUGCUACUCUGCCGGAAUUUGUCGAGGAGCUUGCAUGUUCUAAGAUGCACGAUGCUGUUCGGGUGAUUAUUGGCCGCAAGAACACAGCUUCGGAGACUGUUAAGCAAAAGCUGGUUUUCGCUGGAAGUGAAGAAGGAAAACUUCUUGCUCUUCGUCAAAUCUUUGCAGAGUAGAGUCUGAAUCCACCUGUACUGAUCUUCCUGCAAAGCAAGCAACGAGCAAAGGAACUCUACGACGAACUGAAAUAUGACAACAUCAGAUUU